UAUAUAUUUAAUAAAUUAUUUUCAUAUAUUUUUGUUAUUGCUUCAUUUGUCCAUUAUCCUGCACUACUAACAUUAUUUACAAUGCAACAAUACCCAACACCUGAUUAUAGAUUUGUUUUCCAUAGCAGAUUAUUUUACUGUUUAAAUUUUUCUUUCAGAAUUCUUGGACAAAAUUCUUCUAGAAAGCAGUUUGAGUUUUUCUCUUUCCUUUUCUUUUUAGGUGGCUUCUUUCAGAUUCAUUAUGUCAAGGUUAGGUGUGUAUCAUUCUACAUUUGAAGCAAAGGGGGCCUUGGGAUAGAGAUUCUUCUUCAUAUAUUAACUAGAACAUCACCAAUUGCUAUUCCAAGUUCAUGUAGUACUACUAGCGUUCUUCAGAUAUUUUAGCCAGUCAUAACUGUUUUUUUUUCACCAAAGGUGCAAUGACAGGUUUGUUUACUUAAACAACUAUGAACGUGUCAGCCGUUUCUGCCUGUGUCAGCCUGUUGUGUGUGGCACGAAAGUGAGCAUUCACCUUUUGAAGACACUCUUUAAAUACAUCAUCCUCCUCUACAUCGACCAGUCCCAGUAAGCUCUUCAUAAAUCUCUUUGACUUCCACUCCUGCCCUAUGGCUUUUUUAUGAGCUGUAUUUGUAACUCCGUCGAAGUAAUAAAAAUAUCAUCGUUUCCACAAGCUAUACAGACAAAGUAGUUUCAUUCACUUUCCUGUUCCUGGAUGUACUUGUCCUUUAAGUGUGAUACCUCUGGCCUAGUUUACCAAAAACCCAUCAAAGAUUUCCCCUCUGUUUGAAGCACCUAGAAAUCACUAAAGAAAUUAUCCUUAGAAGUUAUUUGCUGGCAUGCAACAAGUGGCUUCGUGGCUUAGUAGUACAGUGUAGUGCCUACCUACUAUCUGGGAAUAGAUGUUGAAACCUCAUUGAAGCCUUCAAAUUCUCAGACUCAAUGUAUUGCUAUGACUACGAUUGCAGUGCACCUGGGAAGAUCAAUUUGUCACUCGUAAUUUUCAUUACUGUUCAUUAUUUUAGUAACAUUGCAACAGAGGACAUUCUGUACACUAAGUGAGAUCUGGAAAAGAGCAUGGACAAUUGGCCAUCGUAAAGAGUUUCGUAGCCGACGUCAGAGCGAAUGACAGAGGGUAAACACUUCGCUCUGACAAAGGGUUAAAGCUCGAAACGUCAGCUUUGAAAGACUUUACGGAGGCAAAUUUAUGUUAUCAACUCUGUUGAGAAUACUAAAUUACCCUAUUUUGUAAAUGGAUUACUGCAGAUUAAUAUUGACAAAAUCAUCCUGAGCUUCACGAUGUUCCACUCUACUAUGCUUCACAACUGGCUAAGAAAUCCAUGUCAGGUGAGAGAACAGUGCCAGGUUUGUAAUCGUUUAUGAUAUUUUAGAACGUAGAAUGACAAGGAAUUAGUUUGACAACCAGGAGUGGUUAGAGAGUUAAUCUAACCCAUUUAUUGAAUGGGUUGUCGUUAGAGGAAUAUCAGGCUAUGCACUGGAGGAAUUACCGAUGAAUGGAAGACCUUUGCAAGUGUGAUGGCAGCCUCAGUUGUGGAAAAUAUGUUGUAUGGUUCCGUUGUUUUCCAAAGCUAGCCACAUUACAAAGGUGACGUCACUCUCUUUUUCUUGAAACCAAAUAAUUGGUUCUCAAAUCCUCAUAGAUUUAUAAAUUGUGUGACCAUAAUCAACCUCAAAUAUUAUGAUCAUCUUGCAAGAUAUUUUGGUUUAUUAACUGAAUUUAUAUUGUAAAUUGGCAACCUUAAAGAGUUUCUGAAGUUGACGUUGAUAUUGUGAGGAUUAAGAGUUACGAUUAAAAGAUAAAUAUUUUUGUUCUAGAGCUCUAGAGUUCCACAGUUUCUCUAGAAACUUGCCCCCUUUAUUUAUUUUAAGAUUAUCUUGGUUUGCCUUAUUUCAGACCAUCCAUUAUCUUUCCUUAAUCCCCUCUCCUCGUUCUCUUUGAAAACUCCCACAAAGGAGCCGGCUGUGCAGGUGGACGUAAAAUUAUUGAAGUUGCCGAGAACCACUGAGCAUGGGAUGGUAUAAUGGCAAAGUAACUGAGAUUGCAUGAAUAUUAAGAGAACGUUAAUUGUGACUAAUUGUUAAUUUCAAUCUAAGUUCUGUAUAGCAAGUUAUAAAUCUUAUGCAUUGAGUCAAUUUUAAAAAUAUGUCAACACAUUAGGCUUUUUAAAAUUCUUAAAUCAAAACCCAAGUUACUUCCCUGUGAACUGAAAAUACCGAUGGUUCAUCAAUACAGGGCCAGUCUAGUCUACGUAAAUUAAAAUAUUUUCCUGUUGGAAAGAAGGAGGCUUGAGUUUUUGCUAUCUAAAUUCUUGAAUUAUUUUGUUUAGAAUCAAGUGACCUCUGCGCAAGUGUACCUGCAUCAGCAGGGAGCCCGGGUAUAGAGCGUUCAGAGGUCUUCACUGCCAUGGACAACAAAGGUACACUUUUGCCGAUAUGGACUUUUCAAUCUGUUAUUUGUCUAUCUUCUUAAACGACUGUCUUUUUGUCUGCUUUCCUGCUUCCAUGUUAUUUUUCCUACUUCCCAAUCCCGCUCUGGAUAUCUGCGUGGUUGCUUGCCAGCCUUUGUCUAUGAUCUUGUUUGUCUGUGCAAUCUUCCGUAUGACCGUUUGCCCAUCUGUCUGUCUGUCCUUCCGCCUGUCUGUCUGUCCGACCGUACCCCCACCUGUGCGUUGUUUGCCAUAAAACUUGAGGGAGAACUACUACAAAACGUCGCAACUGCUUUGCUUCUUUUUUCACUGUGUAAGUUUUGUCUUUCUCGAGCAAAACAUAAACAGAUCGGUAAAACAGAAUAGUUCUUAUAUGUUUGGUGGUAUUUGGCCGGACCAAAAAGCUGGAAUGUCCAGCCAAAGGUUAUCAAUUGGAGAGAAUCAUAACAGCUUUGAAAUAAUAAGUCCGAAGUGAUGUAUUGUAUUCCUCUAAAGAGAUCUAGGAAUAACUCCAUGACAGGAUGAUUGACGCUAACCAAUCAUUCAUCUAUUACGUAGAACAAGAAUUACUUUAUUAAGAAUAUCUUACAAACAUUAACUUUACUUUUUCAAUAUUCAGUCAAGAAUGGCAAGCCCAGUGACGAAGAAUUAGAGACAAUUUCGAGAAACAUCGGUGUGGACUGGAAGCCACUUGGAAGACGUUUAAAGUUUAAGGAACCAGAACUGGACGCUUUUGACGAAAACCAUAAGGAAUUCACCGAAAAGCCAUGUCAAAUGUUGCUUCACUGGAAAAGAAGAGAGGGUGAAAAAGUAAACUAUCUUGUCUUACAUGACGCCCUAUGUCAUGACUUGGUAACCCGUAAGGAUCUGGCGAGCGAAAUAUGCUGUCAACGAAUGACUUUUCAGUAGUUACUGAUGCGAAUACGUUUUUUGAAAUAAGGACAAAAAGAUCAACAGUUGUUGGCUUUAAUAAUGAGUUACUCUUUCAAAGGUAAUGGCAUUUAUACACAAGUUUUCCCCAUUAGAUUUUUAAGGCUUUAUGCCAGAUGGAUGAUCAGCUGGAAUCUCAUGUUUAGUUUUCUUUGUCAUACGUUGUUUUUAUUUUCGUUGCAUUUUAAAUCGUGUAUAUUAAUCUAUCAAGAAGCUUUUUACAAAUUAUAACUCCCCUGAAAAAUCCCUGCCUUCAAUUAACACUGAUGAUAAUGCUAAUGAGAUUGCUCGUACUAUAAUUGCGAUUUUACUCAAUUACCUCCCUAUAAUGAUGUAGUCAAAACAAUAAUAGCUCUUUAGUAUACAACACAAACCCAUGCUGAGUGGACACUACGUGUUUACAUUAGGGAGCUCUCUGCCUUCCGAGGACUUCUUCACCGUAAAAAAAAUUGACGCGAUCAUUAUAGAAGGUUACAAUGCUAAUGAUCGUUAUAGGUUAUAAUGCUUAUAACCUAUGCCUAUCUACUACAAAGCGAAUCCAAAGUAAGGAAACCUACCUGGUGAUAAACAAUGACCGGUUGCCUACUAAACCUAAGAAUGAUUGACUUGAAUAGGAUAAUCUCUGAAAAUAGAAAAAAAUUCUGGCUGAACAUAAAACUCUGUUUUCAUAGUACCACACGAGAAGCGAUAGGUUAAGAAAACAUGAAAAGUAAAUAAACAAAACCAAACCUCGUUGCCAUACUCUCCCCCUAGCUAUUACACAAAAAAUUAUUUAUGAAGCGUUACCUCCACCUCAACUCAUUCAUGUUGACUAUGAAACGGAACUCCAUUCCCUG